AUGUCGGAUUACAAAAUUGCAUCUAAAGGAAAGUUAAGUUUCAAAGGUGAUAAAUCUUCCAGAAAGAAGAAAAAGCGUAAGGCAGAAGAGUCCCUCGAGGAAGAAGCCAACAGAGAAGGUUGGGUUCGUGUCGCGACAGAGGAUGACCUCAUCGGUCCCCUAUUUUUCAUAUUCAACAGUGAACCACUUUCCUGUCUUUAUUGUUCCGAGAAAGAUAACACGAUCGGUGUUCGUUCUCUACCCCCGAACCAACAACUUAUAGGUGGUGAACCAGAAGAGGUAUCUUCGGUUUUCGUGGGUGCCAAAGUUGCUGGUUCGGAAUCUCGCAUCACCUUGAAAACUUUUUCGGGAAAAUAUCUAGCCUCCGACAAAUUUGGCAUAAUCACAGCCGAUCGAGAGGCCAUUGGCCCACAGGAAGAAUGGACACUCGUUAUAAGGAAUGAUGGGGUGGCAUUACAGAGUUAUUAUGACAAAUUUUUAAGCGUUGACGAGAUUGCCGAUGGCGGAUUCAGGUUAAGAGCGGAUGCGGAGUCAAUAGGAUUUUGCGAAACUUGGAUCGUCAAGUGUCAAGCGAGAUUCCGCAAGAAAGCAAAGAGCGAUAAGAAGGAGGUCAGGAAAAUCGAUGAACUUGAAAUUGAACAGAUAAAAAAAUACCAAACCUGGGGUGGAGGUAGAAUCAAGACCACCAAGGAAGAUGUAACUGAAUUAAGAAAGGCAAAAAAAGAAGGGAAAAUGGCCGAAGCGUUACUUGAUCGUCGUGAAAAGGUCAAAGCUGACCGUUAUUGUAAAUAA